AGUGGGAUCUAAGACAGUGCUGAGUUACCUGAGUUACCUGAGUCUGUCCAUCCAAUAAGAGAAAGAUAAUGGUGCUGACAGACCCUGAGUUUGAGAGCAGUGUGCUCAUCAGCUCGGAUGAAGGAGUGAGCUAUCAGAAAUACCGCCUCAGCUUCUACAUCCUAAGCCUUCUGUUCCAUCCAACACAGGAGGAUUGGGCUCUAGCCUACAGCCACGACCAGAAGUUGUACGCCUCCCUGGACUUUGGGAGAAAAUGGCAGCUGGUUCAUGAGCAUGUGAACAGGUUCUACUGGUGAGUCAUACGCUUGUCUUCUUUCUUUCRUCUCAUCWUCKUUCGCUUCCUCUCGUCCUCUCUGUUGUCCUGAUCUUUUCCUUUGUUUKCUCAGACUCURAUCACAAACUGUUUUGGAGCAUCACUAGCAGUSUGUGGAACAACGUGCUGUUUGUUUUCUGCAGUGCAAGAGACWGUGAAGUACAUUGAUAAUACGUUUCAACAAGCUAUCUGAAUGACUGGUGUUGCUGGUGGGAAAUGUUGUGUACCAUUCUGCUCAUUUCCACUGUUGAUAUGAUUGGACUGAGUAAUCUACAUCCACAGUGUCACCAUUUCACAUUCUGCCUCAGAUAUCACAUUCUGGUUCAUUUCUCAGAUAUCAUGGCAAUUGCACCMAUCUAAUUAAUCAUUACUUUUUCAUUGGGGGUUAUCCAUGCAUACUGUAUAUACAUAAAAUAGGAAGAUACAGUAUAACAAGUUGUGCCCUGUGGCAUGAGUAAUAGAUCACCCAGGAAGUUCCUGUUGCCUCUCAUCUAAUCACGUCAGCCCUCAUCCCCCCCAACAGCCAACCGCAGUGGCCUUCCCCAUUCUGAGAAAGUGCACACUCAUCACAAAUGUAGCUCUGAAUUUGUUCUGCCUAACUGCUUUCCUUCCUAGCGAUAGAGGGGAUGC